AUGAUCUUUAAUGAGAUCAUAACGCCGAGCCUGGAGAGAUGGAGGCAUGCUCUGAUGUCUGCAGAUAAAGGGAAAGGGAAUAUAAAGAUUGCGAACUACACUGACUGGAUGUCACAACUGCCAUCUGAACUUUGGACAAUUCCUCUCUUCAAACUAGCCAUACCAGGAAGCCAUGACUCUGUGAGUUAUGAUUUGGAUACCAGCUCUGCUAUUAUAGAGCCUGACAAUCUAAAACGAUUCAGCUGGAUUUAUUGCUUACGCAGAAUAGUACGAACAUGGGGAAUGACCCAGGAAUACACCAUCACAAUGCAACUGGAAGCAGGAGUUCGCUACUUUGACUUGAGGAUUGCUCGCAAAUGUAAUGACCACCAUCCCACUAGGCUUUACUUUUACCAUGGGCUGUACACAAGCACUGAUGUUGAGACUGUUCUCAGGGAAAUACAUGCCUGGACAGUGGCCCAUCCUAAAGAAGUCAUCAUCCUGGCUUUUUCAAACUUCAAUGGUUUUGAGAAAAACAUUAAAGAGAAACUUCACAACCAUCUUAUCGGCUUCAUGAAGACCAUGUUUGGAAGCAAACUCGUCCCCCCGGUAGGCAUCCCCACACUGCAGAACUGCUGGGACCAAGGCAAAAAUGUCAUAGUUUCAUAUGACUAUCCAGCAAACCACCAUCCUGAAAUGUGGAAAAAAAUAACUUAUUACUACGCCAAUAGCAUGGAUCGUGCACAAGUUAAAUCAAAAAUAUCUGAAGCCUUGGGAAAGGAAAAGACUUCCAAUUGUUUCUUUGUAUGUGGUUUGAACAUGACUCUUCCAGCAGAUCAUAGGAUACUCAUCUACAUCCUUCGUCUCUGCGACAGUUUCCCCAACGUUAUUAGGAGGGGUCUGCCUAAGCUCCUGAAAUGGCUGAAGCAGCAAUCCGGCGUGAACAUCGUUGCCUCAGACUUGGCAACUCGCAAGGAUUUUGUGUCAACAGUUGUUGAGCUCAAUUCUGCACUAAUGAAACCAUAA